UUUGCAUUUGAACUAAUGAGUAGUCUGUGGCUAAUGAAACAGUCGUGGGGUGUGGGGGAGGAGCGGGAAAUUGCUCCCAGCUAGCUCCCGGCUGGGUAAAGGAGAUGAAAGGAAAAUUAAGACGCUUAAAGUAUUUAAAAUGUCUUAAAUCGACUUAUUAAAGUCUUAAAUUUGGUUAGUAUUGACGUGGGUUUAAAAUACAUUCAUCUCACACUUGCAAAUUUGACGCUUUUCGGCGAAAACUGCCGUUUAUGAAGCCAAAUAUAACGUUCACGUGAGUCUUUGGUCGGGUUUCAGUCGCUCUCUAUAAGAAUCGGUUUCAGAAAAAGGAGGAGUGUUCAUCCUGUUCACAAACCAUCUUUGUUAGUGGGUCAUGAGUCGUCUUUUGAUCAAAUACAGUCACGGAGAUAGCUAGGCAAAACACUGCGGUAGCCGGUAUCGCUGUGCUGCUCCUACUGCUGCUUCAACAUCUCACAGCGGUUGGAGCUUGAAGUUCUGUACCAUAUCUGACGAGCGCGCAUCACAGCUUAAAGAAUGGUGAAGAAACAAUUGCCAGCCCCUCAGUCAGGUACAGGACUACAUGCAAGACACUGCAGUCUACAGGGCCAAGUGCAUUAGGGACAACAAUUGGACCAUCUACCAGAUCCUCCAAGAAUUCCCUCACCUAAUGAGCAAAGGCAUGGACUUUCUUAUCCUGCAUGGGGAUGCUUCAUCAAAGUUGUUUGAAACUUGGCUACCCAUUUAUGCGGAGAAAAUCCUGUACCUGUCAAGACGGGAGGGAAAGCUGAUCUCGUCCCUGGAUGGGUUAACACAAGAUGCCAUUGGUGAACUCAGCCUGAGGCAGUUGCCAUGCUUGCUCCCUCCAACUGCUUACAAACUCGGCCGUGGCCACAGUGCUAUAAUGGUUCGCCACACCAUUGAAGAAUGUAACUUGGCCUUCAUCGACCAUAAACCUCCUGGAACUAACAUGGUGGAAUACCUCCACGAGGCCAAGGCCACAAGACCAUUCCCCUAUGUGCUGACAUUGGGAAAUGAUACGCAGCAUGUGUCUCAGGCCUUUGUCAUCAUUGCUGGUCAGGCUGUGGAACAUGACACACUGCUUCAGGCCGUCGAUGCCUGCUUCAAGGCAUUCUUUAUUUUAGACAUUGAAUACCCGAGGCAGUGUGAACACGUCUGGAAAUUCCUGCAAACGCUGCAUAACGCUACACCACCGUCUAUGAAAUCCCAGGAGGGGAGUCGAAACUAGUAAAGUUUCUGCAGAGUAGAAUACGUGCUAGCAAAAGAAGCAAAUAGGUAUUUGUAAAAUGUACUCUUGACCAUUUAAA